AUUCUAUUUCUCAGGGGAAAGCACAAACCGCCUUACAUUUUCUCAUCCUUAUCUUUUCUUCCUCAAACCGGUUUUCGCCCUUCUCCUCCAAUCAGAUGCAAGCCCCUUGUCCAAUCUUCUUCUACCUUCGUUGUGAUUUAUUUCUCUGUCUUUGUUUUCUCCAUUUGGACCUCCCGCUUCCCAGUGAUACAAUUUUUUUUCGGAUUCCCGGUCGACCGACUUGCUUCACCCACUCAACCUUAAUCGAUCGGGUCUUCUGUCUCAUGCUUGGUUUCAAGUGAAGCUUAUCAGCACCUCCUGUAUCUCUAUCAACCUCUCCCUAAUUCGUGAACCCUAAUUGAAGUGUUACUCCAUGUGUUGAAGCAUUUCAUGCCCUAAAUCUUCCCACCGCCAUCAGUGUGACAUGGGGAUGAACAUUCGCCAUCAUCAGAUAAAAUCAUCCUCAUAUUCAUGAAAAAAGGCGGCAUAGGCGUCGUUGGAUUUGAGGAUGAACGCAAAUGGAAACAUGAGGUCCUUAGUUGAUUGUGAUUACCUUCCACAGUAUGUCCAUCAUUUUUUCCCGCCACCUGCCUCCUCAAUCCUCUUCCUUCUAUCAUCUGCUGUCUCCUUCAUGUUGGUUACUUGAAAACCCAUUCUUUGGUUUUGAAAUUCAGGUGUGGAAACAAAUGAGGUUUUGGAGAACCAUUAUGGUUGCUGGCAUGAUAAACAAGCCAAUGUCGUUGGUUGUAAAUAAUCAUUUAUUGGAAAGAACGAGCUUUCAAAUCGUUGCUGAAUUACUCAGUUCAGGUUGUAGGAACCAAAUUGAAUAUAAAACCUUUAAUUUGGGAGUCGAGUUGCAAGUGGUUCCGCAAACGAAGGCCAAAGAAGAAGGUGAUCAAGCUAUGUCUGGUUAUCGAACUGCUGCACGUUUAUUUCCUGGGUGUCACUUACCUACUUUAUAUAUUGGAAUGGAGUACAUGCGUACCCACAGCUUCAAACUCGCUGAUCAGGUGCUAAUUGGUAUAAAAAGGUGGAAUGAAAACUCAAUUAAGUUGUAUAGUGAAGCAAUUACAUAUUACGAAAAGGGCCUUGCACUAUCUACAAGAAGCUUAAGCACGUACCAUCCGAAAACAAUGCUCAGAAACUUGAACAUGUUUCGACAACAAGAAAACAAGCUACUGAAACUAAAAUCAUUUUGUGAUUCCAAUCCACCCGUGAAUGAUGCAGGCUGUAGGCUGAACGUGACAGACUACAAAAAGGUCCAUCACUAUACAAUUCAGAAUGGGUUAAAGCAUGUAAAAAAAACAAAUCAGCUUUUAGUUAUAUUCUGAUGGUGCUUCAAAAAAUCUUUCGGAUGACCAUGUUGAUUUCUGCAGAGUGUCGGGUAUAUCAUGAGAUGACAUAUUUGUGUGCAAAUUUACACUUUUGUCCCUGGAAUCACGAAAAUUUACUAGAGACUGCAAAAAUGCUGAAGGCCAUGCAGGAAAUGGAAAACAAAUAUGACGAACUUAUCAACAAUCUCAAAAAAAAAUCAAAAACCUCCCUGAAGACAAACAUCCCUACGUUACACCAUACAACCUGAAAGAAGAAAAAAUAAAAUGACUCAGCGCCAGCGGGCGCACAUGAUUCCCA